CUCUGCUCUCUCUACGUCACUUCCGGACAUCAUAGCCUCGGAUAAUAAUAGCCCUGGAACAAAUGGAAGCAGUAGCUGCCAUGUCGGGAGCGCGCACAGAGGCGACCUAGCGGGGCUGUCACUGCAUUGUUUAAGGGGGAGGGCGUGUUGUUGAUAAAGCAUUUUUUAUUCAAAAUAAUAAAAAAAUUGGGAAAAAAAAGAGGAAUUUCUGGAAGACUGGGAGCAGCGUAGCGGCGUAAGCGCGCACCCGGGGGGGCUGGCGGGGCCGCGCCUGAGGAGUGGAGGCUGGGGACAGGGAGAGAGAUGUGACCGGAGGGAGCCUGCUUGUGUCCUCCGCCCUGAGGCAGGCGACAUCCCCUCUGCUGCUCCUCGGGAAGGAGACGACGGCCAUCACCAUGGCGGACAAGGGACGGCUCAGCUUCCCGGGAGCGCUGAACAGGCCGGUGCCCAUGAACUUGUUCGCCACUUGGGAGAUUGAUGGUUCCAGCCCCAGCUGUAUUCCCAGGCUUUGCAGUCUAACUCUGAAGAAGCUUCUGGUUGUGAAGGAACUGGACAAAGAGCUUAUUUCUGUAGUGAUUGCAGUGAAAAUGCAGGGAUCCAAGCGCAUCCUCCGCUCUCAUGAGAUUGUGCUGCCACCUAGUGGACAAGUGGAGACUGAUCUUGCACUGACCUUUUCACUGCAGUACCCUCACUUUUUAAAACGGGAAGGAAACAAACUACAGAUAAUGCUUCAAAGGCGGAAGAGGUACAAAAAUCGAACCAUCCUGGGUUACAAAACGCUGGCGAUUGGAUGCAUCAAUAUGGCUGAGGUCAUGCAGCAUCCAUCUGAAGGAAGUCAAAUAUUAAGCCUUUUUAGUAACAUGAAGGAAGCGUCUGCCAAGGUAGCUGAAAUAUGGAUAUUCUCCCUCUCUAGUCAGCCGAUUGAUCAUGAAGACAGUGCCAUGAACACCAGCCAGAAGAUAAAAUCCACAGAUAACUAUUCUGAAGAGGAGUACGAAAGCUUUUCUUCUGAGCAGGAAGCAAGUGAUGAUGCCGUACAGGGCCAGGACCUGGAUGAUGAUGAAUUUGACGUGGGAAAACCAAAGAAGCAGCGAAGAACGAUAGUAAGAACAACGUCCAUAACCCGGCAACAGAACUUCAAGCAAAAAGUGGUCGCCCUGUUACGAAGGUUUAAAGUUUCUGAUGAGGUGCUUGACUCUGAACAGGACCCAGGAGAGCACGUACCCGAAGUUGAGGAGGACAUGGACUUGCUGUAUGACACCCUGGACAUCGAAAAUCCCAGUGAUAGUGGACCUGAAAUGGAAGAUGACGACAGUGUCCUCAGCACACCCAAACCAAAACUAAAGCCUUACUUUGAGGGCCUUUCACACUCCAGUUCUCAGACGGAGAUCGGAAGCUUACAUAGCAUGAGAAGCCAGAAGGAGCUGCCAAGCCCUAACAGCAAUGUGCACUUUGAGAAGCCUCACCGUGACCUCUCGCAGUCUGCAAAUACCGAUCUGGAGGAUCCCGAAAGACGGACUUCUUUAUCCAAACAUUCUCCCGAGAGCAUAUCUGACACUAUAUCGCUGGAUACCUCACAGCAAGAUGCACAGGAUAUUGAACUUUCCACGCUGGAUGUUUUCGUGGAGAGGUUGCCCCCCAGUGGAAAGAUAACAAAGACCGAAUCCUUGAUCAUUCCUUCUACUCGUUUGGAAGGAAAGCACACCGGACGUCGUGGUAGAAGCACAUCUUUAAAAGAAAGGCAGGCGUCUCGACCCCAGAAUGAGAGAGCCAAUAGUCUCGAUAAUGAACGGUCACCUGAUACUAGGAUUCAUCUCCAGAUUCCUAGGAAGACGGUAUAUGAUCAGCUAAACCACAUCCUAGUAUCAGACGACCAUCUCCCUGAAAACAUUAUUCUAAUAAACACUUCGGACUGGCAGGGCCAGCUUCUCUCUGAUAUCUUGCAAAAACAAGACCUCCCCUUAGUCUGCACUUGCUCCUCAGCGGAUAUUCAAGCAGCUUUUAAUACAAUAGUCUCCAGGAUACAACGAUAUUGUAAUUGUAAUUCACAACCACCAAAUCCUGUGAAAGUGGCCGUAGCCGGAGCUCAGAAUUACCUCAGUGCGGUGCUCAGACUGUUCGUGGAGCAGCUGUCACACAAGACUCCCGACUGGUUAGGAUACAUACGCUUUCUCAUCAUCCCCUUAGGCUCUAAUCCUGUAGCCAAAUACCUGGGCACUGUGGACAGCAAAUACAACAACCUAUUCCAGGAUUCCGCUUGGAGAGAACUGUUCACAAAACUGGAUGCACAAGCUUCAGAUGUUUCCUUGCUGUCUACAAUACAGGACCCCCCAGACGUGGUGUCACGUGUUACGCAGUACAUUGCCGGAGCAAACUGUGCGCAUCAGCUGCCUAUAGCGGAGGCCAUGUUAACUUACAAACAGAAAAGGAAAAAAAGUUUUCAUUUUGAUUUUGCCUUAAGGUAUCAUGUCCUCUCUGGUCCUGAUGAGGAUUCUUCACAGAAGUUCAUCCCUUUUGUAGGUGUGGUAAAAGUUGGUAUUGUUGAGCAGUCAUCUGCAACCUCCGGAGAUUCGGAUGAUGCGGCUCCAUCGAGCUCUAUUGUACUGUCAUCCACUCCCCCCUCUGUGUCUCCAGCCAUCAAGGAAGCGUCUCCCACCCCUCCGUCCUCUCCGUCUGUUACAGCUGGAUUCUCACCAAGUCAGAGCCCUGGGGGUGAACUCAUGGGGCUGCAGUUAGAUUACUGGACAGCAGCCGCCGUCAACGACAAGAAGAAGGAGGCCGAGAAAAGGGAAUCCACAUCCGCCAAGAACACUUUAAAAUGCACUUUCCGCUCGCUGCAGGUCAGCCGGCUCCCCAACAGCAACGAUGCCCCCGCUGCUCCCACCAUGUCCAUGACGGUCGUCACAAAGGAGAAAAACAAAAAAGUGAUGUUUUUGCCUAAGAAGACUAAAGAUAAAGACGUAGAAUCUAAAUAUCAAUGUAUCGAAGGCAUCAGCAGAUUGAUUUGCACAGCGAAACAUCAGCAGAACAUGCUCAGAGUGCUCAUUGACGGUGUGGAAUGGAACGAUGUGAAGUUUUUCCAGCUGGCGGCGCAGUGGUCGUCUCACGUCAAGCACUUCCCCAUCUGCAUAUUCGGACACUCCAAAUCCAAUUUCUAGCAUUUUUUUUUUUAUUUUAUUAUAUUUUUUUUUUUGCGGUCGUCUUUUCAACACUACCCACUUCUUACUCCAUACCGGGUUGUCUGGAUAUCACACACACUAACUUGUGCCAACGACUCUUCCCAGCACAGAACCAGUUACCCCCCAUUUUUUUUAAUUUUUUUUUUUUGCAUUUAUUAUUUUUUACUAUUUUAUUAUUGCUCAGAUUAUUUAAAGCUAAGCUUGAAGUUACAAUUUAUUUUUCUUUUUUUGUAUUUUUAAUGUUACAUCCAAGGGAGUAUAUCUACAUAUAUAACAAAAAAAAAAAAAAAACAAAGUCUUAAAUAUACUCGCCGUAGACAUUUUGGUACUUCAAAGACCGCCUAAGAAAACGUGUUGCUUUAUAAGGUGUUACGUGCUAGAUCUGAAUAAGCGGUGGAAAAGGGAAUCGGGCGUAUUACGUGGCGCAGGCUUUCUCUACAUGAUGUGAAGUGGGGGCUUCUUAUGGGCAUGCCAGCACAAUGCAAUAGAGUAAGACAGAUUCUCGGGAGGGGGGGGGGGGGGGGGGUUUACAUAGCUGUAGAUGAGGCAUGUGCCCCCCUGUUUUUUUUUUUUUUUUUGCCUUGAUGUGAAUGUCAUUCCUUCUACAUAGGGUCAAAAUAUAAAUUUAUAACAACUGAAACUGACAUUUUCUAAUAGACAUAAUGGAUAAAAUUCUGGCAGCUUUCAGCCGCCUCUAGGGGGAGCUCACUGUUUGCAUCUUGAGAAAACACAAGCUCCCCCUAGUGUUUGAUGAAGGCGCUCACAGGUCAAUGAUAAAAAUUAUAUUUCCAUGCAUGGGAUUUAGAGCUCUGUAUUAGACAAAGGAGCUUAGAGGGGCACUUUGCCCCCUGGAUAUCUUUUGUGGAUAAGAUGUCUGAUCGCGGGGGUCCGGCUGCUGGGACCCCCUCCCCCCCAAAAAAACACCAACUGUUGUGUGGCCAUGGCACCCUGGCGUUCUGAACAUUUUUGUUGACAACUGAGUUCAGGGGAAGGCCAUAGUUGUGACAAUAGCACCGUGCCCCCUCCAUUCAUGUCUAUAGGAGGGGGCGUUAUGGCUGUGGUCACUCGUACCGCCGCCUUUUAAGGGUAGGGUCACACAAAGCGUAUGCGCUAUGUAUUGCACGCUAUUGGAUGCAGGGAAGUACGCAGCAUAUUUUGCUACAGGCAGUCACACAUGGCUUCUCCCCCACA